CAAUUGUAUCCAGAAAAUUCUACGCCAUCUUACUAUCGCCAUGGCUGAACCAAACCAGCAUUAUGAAGUCAUCAUCGCCGGAGGAGGAAUCGCUGGAGUCACUCUGGCGCUGAUGUUUGAGAAACUCGGCAUCAGCUAUUUUCUCCUUGAGGGUCGUGAUACUCUUGAGUCUGAUCGAGGCGCUGGUAUUGGUCUGCAGCCGAAUGGACUGCGUAUUCUUGAUCAACUGGGCCUCGUGGAGGAUAUUGAGGAUGCUACUAUUCCGCUUGAGAAGUGGUUCUCUUAUGACAGUGAGGGGAACUUGAUGAAUGACUCUGACGCCAUGGGUCAGUAUCGUGAGAAGAUUGGAUAUCCUGUUGCGUUCAUUGAGCGCCGCAAGCUGCUGCCCAUCAUGGUUCGUCACAUUCAGCGCACAGAAUGUGUCAGGACUUCCGCGCGCGUUGCUUCAAUUGAGGAGAGCGAGAACCAUGUCACUGUGAGGACAACUGAUGGCUUGUCUCUUACAGCAGACAUCGUCGUUGGUGCUGAUGGCGUGCGAAGUGCUGUACGCACACACAUUGACUCAAAGCUUCUUGAACCAUUGACUGCAGAUGACUACAUCAGCGUUGCCUGCUCCACAGUCUACGGCAUGUCAGCGCCCACCGAAGGAAUCGCCCCAGGUGAACGCUUCGCUGUCUACCGAGAGAACCAAACAGUUAUCGGCUUCACAGGCAAAGACGGAAUUGUAUUCUGGUUCGUCUUUGAGAACCUCAACCAGAACGUCCCGCUGUCUCAGGCUCCACGAUACACUGAAGCUGAAGCCGAGGCUCUCUGCCUAAGCGUUGCUCACACGCAGGUCACCCCAAAGCUCAAGUUUGGCGAGAUCUACAAGAACCGUGUAGUAGCUGUCAAGAUUGGAGUUGAAGAAGGUGUCGCGAAGGGAUGGCAUACUGAUCGCGCUGUCAUUGUCGGCGACGCAGCUUGUAAGACUACACCGGCUGGUGGACAGGGCGCCAACCAGGCUAUAGAGUCCUGCGCCGUGUUCGUCAACAAGCUCAUGGCAGCUCGAAAGGCACUUCAGCCUGGCGAGAAGCUGUCUAGCGAGGCUACCAAGUCCAUUCUCGCAGGCUAUGCUCAAGAGCGCGCACAGCCAGCUACUACAGCCUUGGAAAGAUCUCAAAUGGUUGGCAAGGCACUUCUCUGCACGCCUGGUCCUGCAACUGCUCUUGUCAAAGACAUGUUAAAGCUGAGUAACGAGGACUGGCUUUUGCGUGCGUUUAUGGCACUUUCUGCUGCGCCGUAUUUGGAGGAUGUUGAGCUUACGGCUAGAGGACAUCUUUAUAACAAGGCUGUUGAUGAAGCGAGGGCUGAGAUGGCGAGACGUCAGAAGGUGGCAAAGGAGGUCAAGGAGGCCGAGGAGAAGGAGAGUCAACAGGCUGUGAUUAUGAAGGAGUCUGAGCAGAGGAAUGAGUUUGUGGGACUUCGGAACCCGGUACAGGCAGCCACUGGUGUCGUCGAGGUUGGUUCUUAGAAUAGCUUCUCGACAGACUUAUUCGAUCCAAUCUAAACUAUCUGUUACUCAUCCCA